UCUCUUCAUUAUAAUAUCUCACCUCUGAGAGGUCUUCCCUCCUUCCACCCUCCUUGCCUAUCCGGCAUUUUCAUUCCUUCACUGACCGCAGGCGGUACAUCAUGUUCUUACCUAUACUCGUCCUCCUCCCUCUUCUCCUAUCGACCACAGGUGCCCCUGCCCCAGCAGCAGAGGCCUACAACCCCUUCUAUCCUCCAACUAUCGACCAGCCCCAGCUUGACUCAAGAGCUGCUCUAGAAGCCGCUGGCCGAGCCGCCAUCCCCGCUCAUCGUGGACGAUCGCUGUUGUUCGGUCCCAAACAUGGUCUUACCAAAAUCAUGAGGUCUCCCCUGCUGAGGAAAGCUCAAGUGAAGGGCAAACAAGGAAUAAAGAGACAAGUGCGUCGUAGAAAGUUUUGCGUUGUCGGACCAACAUCUACCGGAAGCGCCAAUGCGACGUUGAUCUCUUCAAGUCUAGACAUGAGCUCGUCUACCGGCAUGACCACGUCCGUCGGUAUGACUAGCAGCUUUGUCUUCAGUACAACAAUCCAGAGUUCGACCUUCGCCUCCCCGAUGAUUAGUUC